AUGGCCGCCACGGAGCUGUAUGGAAAAUUGAUUAUUGUGGGCAAGGAGGGCUGCGCUGACCUGGAGUUCCCGCUUGACAAGAAGUCCAUCCUCAUCGGAAGGCAAGCCGCGAGCCAGGGCGCCAGCAGUGCUGCCCGGCGGUUGCUUGGCGGCGACCGACAGCCAGCCGCUGGCGACAGCCGGGACCACAGCUGCGACAUCCGGAUCGUGAACAAGGAGAUUUCGAGGAAGCAUGCGGAAGUCUACGUCGAAGACAACGGCGCGGUGUUCAUCUCCUCGAUGGGCCGCGAGCCCGUGGCCGUCAAUGGCGCCCCCGUGACCUCACCCCUGGAGCUGGCCACGGGCGAUAAGAUCGAGGUGCUGCUGGAGAACCGCACCCGCGUCUUCUACUUCCAGGGUGACGAUGAGACGGUGCAGAUCCGGGCGCCGCCGGCACGGCCGCCGCUGGCUGACGCCAACGCCGCACUGGCGGCCGUGCCGGCGGCCAAGCCCGCGGCCAAGGGCGAUGAUGGUCCAGCCCGUCGCCCCGCUCCGCCACCAGCCUCGGCACGCUCCAUGGCAGCAGUGAUGCAGGAUGCCAUUAAGGCUGGCGUGCAGCUGAAGAAGGUGCAGGUGGCGAGCACCAAGCCCACGCCACGUGCAGUGACGGCUGGCGGCAUGUUUGUGCCCACCCCGGCAGACCUGCUGAAGCUGAAGGCUGGGCUGCGCAAGACUGCCGCAGGGCCCGCUGCUGCCAAGCUGGAAGAGGAGGCAGCAGCGCCAGUGCAGGCGCAGGGUGCUGAUGAUGCCGCUGCUGCUGAAGCACCUGCUGGGCCGGAUGCUCAGCUGGUGGAUGCAGAGGCAAUGGAGACUGAGGAGGCAGCUGCCGUGGUGGAAGAGCCCAAUGUGCCUCUGGCAGCUGAUCUCGCCGCUGCUGAGCCGGCGACUGAGGCGGUGGAGGCUACAGCAGGGGCUGGCAGGCCUGAGGCUGCACCUGUUGCUGCAGAGGAGGCCCAGGCUGCUGUCGAGGAGCCGGCAACAGAGCAGCCUGCUGUUGCAGCAGCUGAACCUGCGGCCGCACCGCCAGAGGUUGGUGGCGAUGCUGCCAUGCCCGAUACUGCUGCGCCACAGGCAGCUGAGACCGCUGCUGCUGAAGAACCUUUGGCAGCAGUAGACGAUGCAGCGGCGGCUGCAUCAGAGGCCGCUGGCGUGCCGGGCAGCGUGAUGCGCAAGCGCAAGAGCGUGAGGUUCCAUGUUGAGGAGACGGCGCAGCAGCGGGUGGCGGGCACGCCUGAGGGCUCGGCCCGGGACGCCACCAUCACCAUCCGCCUGCGCAAGGGCGACAUUGAGCAGGCAAGGCCAGGCUGCAGGCUGGCUGGAGCUGGCCGGAGGUGGUUCCAAAUCAUCAACGUUGACGACAACACGGUGGCGCUGGCGCAGUGGGGUCUGGGCACGAUGGGGGAGCCCGUGGAGGAGCUGCCCGACACAGUGGUGUCCAAGCGCAGCAGGCACAGCACCGCAGCGCCCUUCAGCGCCUCCAAGACGCCCGUCCGCAGCAUGCUGCAAGAGCUGCUGGCCGGCUCACCUGCUGUCAGCUGCGGCGCGCAGGCGACCCCUGGCGCUAUGGGCCCCGCCGCCCCAGCGCCCACCCCUGCGUCCGGCGCCGCGCAAGCAUCACACGCCGACGGGGCCGGCGACCUGGUCCUGGACCCUGCCACGCUGGCUGCCAAGCUGACUGAGAUGGCGGAGCAGCAUGAUGUGACCCUGGAGGUGCCAGUUGAGUUUUUCAAGUCGCCCGCCACCACCGGCAAGGAUGGGCUGCGUGUCGUGCUGACCCCCAAGAGCAAGGGCAAGACCCCUGGGGCCUCCACCAUUGGCCAGGCCCAGGACACAGCCCCCGCCUCAGCCGCCAAGAGCGCGCCGCGCACGACGGGCCGCUCCCGGCUCUCUCAGGUGGGUGCCUCUCUGGCUCCUCCUUCCGCAUGUGCCGCUGCCAGCACGCAGCAGGACACAGGCCUGGAGAAGACUCGGGAGGUCCAGGUGCCAGAGGAGGUGCUGCUGGCUGUCGAGGCUGCCGCCCAGGCCUCCGCCAGGAAGCAGUCUGCCAGCCGCCGCCGCUCGCUGAGCCGCACCCCCGGCACCAAGAUUGUCAUCAUUGAGCAGACCACCCCCGCCAGCGCACGCGCCGCCAGCGGCGCGAAGCGCCCCACGGCUGAGGCUGCCUGCCAGGCAACCCCCCGCCUGCUGUCCACCAUCGCCGUACAGACAGAGGCGGAGGACUGUGGGGACGAUGUGGAGCAGGAGCGGUCGGAUGAGGGCGGCAGCGUGGAGGAUGACUCGCUGGAGCUGGAAGAGGCGGCUGCCGAGCAGGUGCCGCUGAAGCAGUACCAGCGGGCGGUGCUGAGGGCCAAGGCCUACCACGCCGAGGCGCGCCAGCUGGCGGCCCAGCUCCGCCGCAUGACCGCCAAGGCUGCCAAGCUCAAGAAGGCUGCCACCGCGCUCAGCGGCGCACUGGAUGAGGAGCGGGGCAAGCGUCAGGAGCUGCAGGAGGCGAUGCAGCAGGUGGUGCUGAACCGUGCGGCAGAGGAGGAGGAGGCGGCGGCGGCCGAAGAGGCGGCUGCCGAGGGGGCUGAGGUGGAGAUGCAGGAUGCCGAGGAGGAGGCUGAGAUGGAGGAGGAGCAGGCAGCGGGUUGGGUGCCGCGGGUGAUUGUGCUGGGCAAGCUCAGCACCGCAGCAUCCACUGCGCAGCGGGCAGGCCAGGUUGUGGUUGUGCGCCCCAGCCAGGCGCCUGCUGCGGCUGCUGUGGCACAGGCCCCUGCCCCAGAGGUGGUUGUCCUGCCCGCCUCGGCCCGCACGACGCCCGCCCCAUCGGCAGCCAAGUGUGCCCGCAUGCCAGUCACCAGCGCCGCCAAGCGCCGGACACCUGCCAUCGCUGCCAGGGCAGCAGGUGCCACCCCUGCUGUGGCUACCCAGGGCAAGAGGCCCGCUGCCGCCACCCAGGGCAAGACGCCUGGCGCUGCCAGUGCAGCAAACAGCGGUGGCGUCCCAGAGCUUCCCAAGUCGAUGCUCAAGGAGGCGCCAGGCACAGAGGGGGGCGCCAGGGUUGUGCUGGAGAACGUGGAGCUGCCCGGGUGGCUGUUUGAGGGAGAGCAGCAGGCGCCAGAGGUGGCGGCCGCCGCGGCAGUGGCAGCCGAGGUGGAGGCCGCGGUAGCGGUGCCAGAUGAGGAGGCGAGCGAGGAGCAUGUGGCGGCAGCGCGAGCUGAAGCUGCAGCAGAGGAAGAGGAGGAGCAGCAGCGGGAGGCAAUUGUGGUGGAGGCUGGCAUGGAUGUUGACGGCUCGGCGGCUGAGCAGGUGCAGGGCCUUGCUCAGGAGGCUGCCGCUGAGGCGAUCAGUGAUGCAGAGGAGGGCGAGGAGGGCGAGGCGGACUUCUGCCACCUGUGCGGCCAGAGCGAUGAGGGCGACAUCCUGCUGCUGUGCGACAGCUGCGACAACGCCUGCCACCUGUCCUGCUGCAACCCGCCCUUCAAGCGCGUGCCCAAGGGCGACUGGUUCUGUGUGGAGUGCGCCGCCAAGCAGGCGGCAGAAGCCGCAGCCGCCGCCCAGGCCACCAAGCCCGCUGCCAAGCGAGGUGCCAAGCGCCCGACAGAGGAGGCGGAGGAGGCACUGCCGGCCAAGCCGGCUGGGCGCGGCAGGCGGGGCGCUGCUGCGGUCGCACCUGCAGCAGAGGCGGCCGAGGAGGCUCCAGUCAAGGGCGGGCGCGGACGUGGCAGCAAGCGGGCGGCUGAGCAGCAGCCCGCCGCUGCCGCCGAGUCGGAGCAGCCUUUAGGACGCGGCAAGCGGGGCAGGCCCGCCUCCAAGCCUUCUGAGGAGCCGGCUCCUUCGGGGCGCACAGCGCGAGGCAAGGCCGCCGCCAGCGAGGAGGUGUCUACGCGGCGCGGCAGGGGAGCGACGGCGCCCAAGGCUGAGGCGCCGGCAUCCAUCCGCAGCACCCGCUCCCGGCGCUGAGACAGCGCUGAAGCCAGCACAUCCCACAGCGGCCACAUGGUGUUACAGCUGGGGCGCUAUUGAGCUGUUUAGGCAGGCCAGCCAAGGGGUACAGUGCGGCUCAAUACAAAAUCAAACGGUGGGGUAUGCUCUGAAGGGAAUCAAUCGCUGAACAAAAACACACGAAUGCUAAUGGCUUAUUCCAUGGAACGCUGGGCACAA